GUGGAUCGACUCAUUGGGCCUGAAAACCCCGGAAGUGCCUGUCUCUCUGCGUCUUCUCUCGCUGAAUCGGUUCCUGAGGAAAACUCUUGAUUCGGAGUGAAACCCGAAGUCUGAAGCGCUGCACGGAUCCAAGAUGGAAACCAUUUCUCUCCACAACUUCUCCGAGCGGAUCCUGGAGCAGCUCGUGCACUUCCACGUGAUGAAGCUCAGCGGGGGCUUCUUCCUGUGGGUCGGUUCCGCUCCGGUUCUGUCCAACAUGGCGGUGUCGAUGAGCAGCAAGAGUGACUCGAUGCCUUUAUCCACGUUGGUCUUGGGGGACCCGUCCAACACUGCUCCCAAUUCUCUCUCACUGAGAUUAGCUAAAAAGACCAAGAAGCAGGUUUUCGUGAGCUACAGUCUUCCAAUGACGGACUCCAACCUCGGCCUGCUGGUGGAGAACAGGAUCAAAAAGGAGCUGGAGCUUCACCCUGAACAUUUCUGAUCCUUCACUGAACUUCUUUUAUACGGAACUGACGACAUUCAGGAGAGAACGAGAACAUGGCCGGUCCAACCCCCUGAGAAACUGUGAUUCUACUGUAACACAAAAAAAACACACACACAGUCACAUUGUGUGUUCUUUUAUUGACAUAAUAAAUUAAGUGGUUCAUUAUCAAAACAUUUAGGGCCUAUGGCUUUUUGUACAAAUGCAUCAUAUUAAAAAAAUAACACUUAGAAAACAUUAGUGGUCAAGUUUUUUUUCUUCCUCCACAUGUUUCGUUGUUGAAAACAUACAAACUACUGAACCGCACAGUUGUGUUGAAAAUACAUGUGUCUUAAACACUACUUUAAAAACACAGGAUGAUCUGUUUCAUCUGUGGAUCAAUGUGCUUAUAUCCUCUAGAAGUAAGGUCGAUGGUCCAGACCCCAGACUGUGAGCAAAGAUGGACGACCACCUACUCCCACUAUUCAGAAAUGAAGCCAAAGUAUUCUAGAUAGGAAUCUGAGGGAGUUGCGGUAUUGAAGUUAGUGGAUACGUGUUCUCAUCCAGUCUCAGCUGUCAAUCAUGAUGUUUCAACCUGUUUUUAGAGCAUUAAAUAUCAAUAAAUAACCAACUUUUUUUUAAA